AUGGCUUCGGUCCUGCUUCUGCUGCUCCCAGCAGCAUGCCUGCAAGGUGGGAACUCAGCAGGAUCCAACAGAGGAAAUACCUUUGGUGUCAACCAACCAGAACGCCUCUCUGGUGUCCAGGGCGGCUCCAUCGAGAUCCCCUUCUUCUUCUACUUCCCCUGGGAGUUGGCAAAGGAUCCACAGAUGAGGAUUCUCUGGAAAUGGCAGCGCUUCCAUGGGGAAUUUAUCUACAACUCUUCCUCGGGUUUCAUCCAUGAGCAUUUCAAGGACCGGCUCAUCCUGAACUGGACACAGCCUCAGACAUCCGGAGUCCUCAGAAUCUUUGACUUGAAGGAGAAGGACCAGACAGUGUACUUCUGCCGAAUUUGUCUGAAAACGACAAAAGGCAUGGAGAUUUUUCAGUCGAUCAAUGGGACCCAACUCACCAUCACCCCUAGGAAGCACUUCCCAGGUCAGUCCUUCAGAACCACCAUGCAGAGCCCCUCCAUCAUCACCUCUGCAGUCACCACGGCUGGACUGGAGGACACAGAGGACCAGAGGAAUCCUUCAGUUGUGAACCUGGGAGCCACGGUCGGGGUGGUGGUGGCCACGGCUGUGCUCAUAACCCCCGUCUAUGUGAUGCUGAUCUUCCUCUGGUGGAAGAAAAGGCCAGCAGACUAA